CUUAUUAAAUAGGUUUGAGUUAUGUUCAAAAUAAGACAUGUCGGCUUUGCGUUUUGUCGGUUUUGUGCUCACGACAGCAAGAAAGUAUUGAUUAAAACUGGAACUGUUGAGUAUUUGGAUGCUGCAGCUACACCACACACGUCACAAGUGACCUCAUUUGAUCCCACUAGUGCUUCAGUGGACUCACACGAGUCAUCCACUCACUUGAAUGAUCUAUCUUCUGAGUUGCCUCGAGUGCUGUAUAAUGAGAGAGAGACCCACCCUAGAGACCUGCCCCCUGAGUUCGUGUCCAACUACCCAUUUGCCCAGAGUAGAGUGUUGAAGUGGCUGGAAUGGAGUGACAUGAUGAAGAGAAGGAAGAGGCUAGACAUCCCAGAAUUCUACCCCGGAUCGAUUCUCAGAGUGGACUACGCAGACCCACACGCCACAAACGGAAUGAACUUUUUCGUGGGUCGUGUACUCUACCGCAGCCAGCUAUCCGGAAUACGACACUCUGUUUUCCUCAGGAAUGUUCUAGAAACUGCAGGCUCUUCUGGUUCCCCGUCAACUACCGCAGGAGAGGGUGUAGAGAUGGAGAUUGAACUGUAUAGUCCACGUGUGCAUAAAGUCACUGUGUUGAGGUUGGAGAGGUGGCUGGAUCAAGAUUUGCUCUUCCUCAGGAAUGCAGACCCCAGGAUGUGCACUAUUCCACUCAAUAUGCAGCCGGAACCUAUUCCAGAUAAGGUGCCAGUGUUCACUGGUAAAGUGAAGAUGCAGCCGAAGCCAUGGUCCUACAGAUGGGAGAGAUUCAACCUCAAAAACAUGGACACUUCCUACUUAACCCCUCUUGACCGUGAAAGAGCGCGCAGACAUGUUUACUACGAGUACGACCACUCGAAAGACAUCUACGACGACGCCACAGACCAAGUCAGUCAAGCCGAGCUGAGAGAAUUAGCAAAAGUUCUCUCUCAAAAAGACAAUACUCAAAAACUUACUGAAGAUGAAUGUGAAUCUGAACUGAGCUUAGAAAUUGAUGAAGUUGAAACUGAAAUUGAAGUUACUGCUUAAUGUAUUUUGAAUUAAAUUGAGUGCGAUUU